UUUCUCCCACACUUUUUAUUUUUUUAUUUUCAUUCGGUUAAAAUUGAACCAGUAAUUUUGACUGCAAACUUGAACAAACAGACCUCUUCUUCUUUUUCUUCUUCCUCUUAGCUUAUGAGCAUAUGAUCAGAAGAGUCUCUCUCUCUCACUCAUUCAUUAUUAUUGUUAUGGAUAUGGAUAUGGUUAUGGUUAUGAAUAUGCUUAUGGUGCCAACUUCAGAUUUCCCUUCUUCUCUUUCUCAUUUCUCUCUAAACUAACAACAAAAUCUCACUCCAUUUUCAACCUUCAUUCAUGCCCAUGGACUAUGAAAGGAUCCAAAAGCCUCAGGGUGGUGGGGGUGGUGGAGGAGGAUUUUCGCCUGGAAAGUUGAGGAACAUGCUGAUGGGAGUAGAGAAGCAGAGGAAGAAAGAAGAAGACCUCAUUGAAUCCGCCUUCACAUUGAGAUCUCAACCUUUUGACGUUGAUGAAUCUGGUGUCAACAGUUCUGAUAACUGCAAAGAUGUAGAUGUUGUGAGCGUCCUUCCUGACUACUCAACCUCAAUUGCAUCUGAUUCGUUAGGCUUGGACAUGGUUAAUGAUCGUAGAUUGAAGGAUUGUAAUGCAACAGUAAAUUCAAGAGCUAGAAAUCAACAAGAUCCUUCUUUAGAUUAUGAAAGUGGGCAGGAUGGAAUGAGCGUUUCCUCAUCGAUCUUUGAGUUUCAGAAGGGUGAGAGGACCCAACAAAGAGUGCCCCUUGCUCCGUUCUCUAAGCCAGCUCCUUCGAAAUGGGAUGAUGCCCAGAAAUGGAUAGCAAGUCCUACCUCUAACCGGCCUAAGGGAGGGCAGGCUCAGGUGCAGGCUGGCCAGGGAGUUGGAUCACGAAAGGUGGGUGGUCUUAGUUAUGGGAGCCGGCAACAGUCUGCAAAGAUUGUUGUUGAAGUUCCAGAUCAAAGAGUGGUUGCUUCCGAAGAACCUGAUACAAAGCAGAUGGAUACAAAUCAAACUAAGAUGGAAAGUUGGGGUCAAAAGCUUCUACCUUGGGAGGCUGACUCACAUCCUACUGCAGAUUCAUAUAGCAAGCCUGUGCUCAUGAUUGAAAACUCAGUUGGAGAAUCAGCAAUCAAUCUCAGCCGGCAUAGCUCAUCUGUAGCCAUCCAGAGUGCACUGACAUUUAUUCCACCCCCUUCAACAGCUAGGUCAGUAUCAAUGAGAGAUAUGGGCACAGAGAUGACGCCUAUUGCUAGUCAAGAGCCUUCUCGGACUGGAACUCCUGUGAGGGCUACAACACCAAGUCGCAGCCCAAUUUCUUCACUUCCUUCUACUCCUGGCAGAACAGCCCUGGAGUCAUCUCCAACUGAUCCACCAAUUGUCAAUCUAGAUCCUAACAAUGGAUUGUCUGAGAAAGAGCUGCAAAUGAGAACUAGGAGAGAAAUUAUUGCUCUUGGUACACAGCUUGGUAAAGCAAACAUUGCUGCCUGGGCUAGCAAAGAAGAGGAGGAUAAAGAUGCAUCCUCUUCAUUAAAAAACCUAGCAGCAGAACAACAGGCUAAAAAUGUUAUUGAGACCCGUGCAACGGCAUGGGAGGAAGCAGAGAAAGCCAAGUACAUGGCCAGGUUCAAACAGGAAGAGAUGAAAAUUCAAGCGUGGGAAAAUCAUCAGAAAGCAAAAACAGAAGCUGAGUUGAGGAAAAUUGAGGUAGAGGUUGAAAAAAUGAGAGGGCGAGCUCAUGAUAAGCUUAUGAAUAAGCUUGCAUCUGCAAGGCAUAAGGCCGAAGAAAAACGAGCAGCAGCAGAAGCUAAGAGAAACCAGCAGGCUGCAAAAACAGAGCAGCAAGCGGAGUACAUUCGCAGAACUGGCCGAAUUCCAUCCUUGUUUUCCUGUUGGAAUUGGUGUUCUUGAACUUUAUCCUUUUUCGGAGAGGAGGUUUUGUUGUUGUUUUCUUUGUCUACUUCGUCGUACUCUUACAUAUGUUUACACGAGCAUGUCAAAAUGUUUAGCUCAAAACAGUCCUUGUUUAGAAAAAUUGUGCUUCCAACAAUGUUCAAAUGAAGUCUUCUUUUGUACAGAAAGACCUUUGGUUUUUUAUAGUAAGCAUUAUUCUCUUGCAAGACUUAGUGCUACUUGAAGGCCCUUGGUUUUGGUGGUUUGAGGUUGAUUUGGUAUCCAAUAUAAUGCUCUGUAUGUAUGUAAUCUGUAGCAAAAUGAUAAAGAAUACCACAUUUUUGCACAGAUUUAGAAUGGCAUAUUUGAUGGCAAUUAGCAUCCAAAAGAUAUUGUAAUUUCUUUUGUUGUAAAAUAAAUAAAUAAAGAAGAAUAAUGAUGUCUUUAUGCUCCUA